GUGAAACACUUGAAUUCUACCAUUUCUUGAUCAAAGUACACUGUCUUCAAAGCUACUUGUACUUUGGGAAUAGGAAAAAGAAGAAAAAGCCAAUAUCCAGGAAUCCCUGAAUAACAACUCUGCUUGGAAAUUUCCAGCAAUACUUGAAGACCACUUUGCAGCAAUUCUUUAUGACACUUUCAUGAUAGACUGUAAAAUACAAUUUCCCAAAAUGACUAACAAAUCAAUCAUCAUUUUGAGACUAGUGGUUCUUUAUAGCUGUUUUACAAGUGGAAAAACUACAUGUCGUCGGCAAUUGGUGAAAGAAUGGGAUCCACAACCCUCAUCAUAUGUGGUGAAUUGGACAGUAACAGAAAACAUCUGCACGGACUUCUACAGAGACUGCUGGGUUUUAGGUGUAAACACUGAAAGGGAUACUUUAGGCAAUCACAUUGUUCCGCAGAUUUGCCCUUUGCAAAUUCAACUAGGAGACAUCCUUGUUAUUUCCUCCGAACCAUCUCUUGAAUUUCCAGAAAUAAAUUUGAUGAAUGUUUCUGAAGCAUCCUUCAUUGACUGUGUGCAAAGUACCACCACAGAUGAUCAGUUGCUUUUUGGUUGCAAACUAAAAGGAAUGCACACUGUUAAUCCUCAAUGGCUGAGUGUUGGGACACAUUAUUUUAUCACGGCAAUGGCAAGUGGUCCAUCUCUUUGUCAACUGGGACUUCGACUAAAUGUGACAGUGAAACAGCAGUUCUGCCAGGAAUCUCUAAAUUCACAAUUUUGCUCUGGUCAUGGUAAAUGUCUUAGCGAAGUUUGGGACAAGACAUACAGAUGCCAUUGUCAGUCUCCAUUUUCUGGAAAAUACUGCCAGGAACUUGAUGCCUGUUCUUAUAAACCAUGUAGAAAUAAUGGAAGUUUCAUUAAUAAUAGAGGAAAAUGGAAUAAGCAAGGACAUGAAUGCAUCUGUCACCCACCAUUUAUGGGAAGGGAUUGUUCAGAAAUAAUUGGCCAAUGUCUACAGGUCUGUUUCCAUGGAAACUGCAGCAAUAUUACCGCCAAUAGUUUCGUUUGUGAAUGUGAUGAACAAUUUUCAGGUCCCUUCUGUGAGGAGUCAACAAAACCUUGUGUUUCUCAGUCUUGUUGGAAAGGAGGAAUUUGCCAAAAUAGCAGCUCUACUUACAAUUGUGAAUGUCCAAAAGGAUUCCUCAGUCUCAAAUGUGAAACCAAUAUUAAUGAGGGUUUAUCAAUACCAUGUCAGAAUGGAACCGACUGCAUCACUAUACCAAAGGAUGUUAUGUGCAUCUGUUUGCCAAUAUUUACAGACAAGCUUUGUAAGAGAAUUCAAACAUCACAUGAGUCACUUUCUUGGAAGAAUAAUGUCACAUCUAUGAACUAUGAGAAAGAUUAUCAUUGCAGUUGCAUGCCAGGAUUUACUGGAAAAAACUGUGAGAAAGUAAUUGACCACUGUAGACUGCUCAGCAUCAACUGUCUGAAUGAAGGAUGGUGUUUCAAUAUAAUUGGAAGAUUCAGAUAUUCUUGCACUCCAGGGUGCACAAAAAAUUCGUGUUUUGUUAAAAAUGUUUACUUAAUUCACUAGUUCCCCUGCUGCUGUGGAGCCACCUGCCAUGAUAUUUGCCAAGCUAAAGGUCCCUCUCAGUUUGAAUAUGUAUGGCAACUGGGAUUUACAGAAGCUGAAGGUGAAAAAUGCGAAGUGGUUGAUGCCUACUUUUUUCUAGAUGCAGUCUGUGUGAACAAAUCUGAAAACAUCAGUUAUGCAUGUUGGUUCCCAUGUGAAGGCACAAUAGAGAUUUGUGCAAAUGAAAGCAGUUGUUUGAGUGAAGAAGACAGUCAGGAAUAUUGGUGUCCUAUUCUCAUAUGGGCUGGCAAAAUGUACCUUGAAAAUACAACUGAUUAUCAAGAAAAUGGCUGUCAAUAUGAAGACAUUUGUAAAGAUGAAAUUAAUAGUCCCAGAUGCAGCUGUUCCCUUGGUUAUAUCGGCACAUUCUGUAUUGUCAAUCUUGAAUAUUGCUUAGGAAACCAGAGUACAUCAGUGCAUGCCCUCUGCCUGGCCCAUUUGCACAAUUGUAACUGUAGCUAUCUGCAAAGACAUGAAAGAAACAUCUGUGAAAUCGAAAUUGAAGAUUGUAAAUCUGUGCCCUGCAAAAAUGAAGCAACCAAUAUACAUUUAAGUGGAUAUUUUUUCUGCAAGUGUGUCCCAGGAUUUACAGGCACAAGAUGUGAACCAGAUACAGAUGAGUGUGCUUCACAUCCUUGCAAGAAUGGAGCCACCUGCAUUAACCAACCUGGUAAUUACUUCUGCCAAUGCGCGCCUCCAUUUAAAGUGGUUGAUGGCUUUUCCUGCUUAUGCAAUCCAGGCUAUGUUGGACUGAGAUGUGAACAGGACAUUGAUGACUGUAUCCUGAAUGCCUGUGAGCACAAUUCUACCUGCAAAGAUCUGCAUCUCAGCUACGAGUGUGUGUGCCCAUCUGGUUGGGAAGGAAAAUUUUGUGAACAAGAAUCCAAUGAGUGUAAGAUAAAUCCUUGCGAGAACAAGUCCACCUGUAUUGACCUUUACAAAAGCUAUCGCUGCGAAUGUACAUCUGGAUGGACUGGACAAAACUGUAGUGAAGAAAUAAAUGAAUGUGACUCUGAUCCAUGCAUGAAUGGAGCUCUUUGUCAUGAAUCUACCAUUCCUGGGCAAUUUGUCUGUCUGUGCCCACCCUUUUAUACUGGACAAUUUUGCCAUCAACGCUAUAACCCCUGUGAUCUGCUCAAUAACCCUUGCAGAAACAAUGCAACAUGCUUGACUUUGGUAGAUGGAAAUCGUUAUUGUAUUUGUAGAAAAGAAUUUGAAGGUGAACACUGUGAAAUUGAUAUGAAUGAGUGCCUUUCUCUUCCAUGCCAGAAUUAUAGGGACUGUGAAAAUGGGGUCAACAAUUUCAGAUGUAUUUGUAGACCGGGAUUUUCUGGACCUCUAUGUGAAAUUGAAAUUAAUGAGUGUUCCUCUAAACCUUGCAAAAAUAAUGGAACCUGUGUGGAUCUGGCAAACAGAUUUUUAUGUAAUUGCAAACCUGGGUACCAUGGAUCCUUCUGUGAAUUGGGUAUGAAUGAAUGUAAAACUUCACCCUGUCUAGAUGGAGAAAAUUGUGUUAACAGGAAUGAUGGAUACAACUGCCUCUGUGCCCCUGGUUACACAGGCAUCGAUUGUGAAGUAAAUAUAGAUGAAUGCCUAUCAGAGCCCUAUCUCCAUGAUGGAGCUUGUAUUGAUGGCAUCAAUCAUUAUACCUGUGACUGCAAGAGUGAGUUUUUCGGAACACACUGUGAAAUAAAUGCAAAUGAUUGCCUCUCAAAUCCUUGUCUACAUGGAAGGUGCACAGAUCUCAUUAAUGAGCAUCCAUGUUCAUGUGAUACAGAAUGGACUGGCACACAAUGUAAAAUCAAGAUUAAUGACUGCACAUCAAUUCCUUGUAUGAAUGAAGGCAUCUGUCAGAAGUCAAUACAUGGAUUUACUUGCAUUUGCCCACAUGGAUACACUGGUGCAUAUUGUGAAAAAAAAAUUGAUAGUUGUGCUGAGCCUGAGCUGAAUUCAGUCCUCUGCCUUAAUAGAGGGAUUUGCAUAGAUGGGCCUGGACACACUUUUGACUGCAGAUGUCUUCCUGGAUUUUCUGGUCAAUUUUGUGAAAUUAAUAUAAAUGAGUGCUCUUCAUCACCAUGUCUACAUGGCGCAAACUGUGAAGAUCACAUCAAUGGAUAUAUUUGCAAAUAUCAACAAGGGUGGUCUGGACACCACUGUGAGAACAAACUUGAUGAAUGUAUUCUCAACUCAUGUGCUCAUGGAACGUGCAUGGAAAAUGAACUGGGCUUGAAAUGUUUAUGCAUAUCUGGAUUUAUGACCUGCUCCAUUGGACUUCUUUGUGGUGAUGAAAUAAGCAGAAUUACCUGUAUACCUCCCAUCUCUCAAAGAACAGAAGCCAUUUCUGUGCAAACAUAUACAGUACCCCCUUCAGAGACUUCAGUCAGCAGCUUUCCAUAUGUAAAGGCUACAAGAAUAUGGAACAUAGUGGAUACUUACCCAGUUGAUCCAGGUCCAAGACAGACAGACAUUUUCAAGCAUGAUGUUCUCCCAACAACUGGUUUGGCAGCUUUAAGUAUUAGCAUGUCGUUUGAAAGCUCCUUACUGGAAGAACUGAUUUCCACUAGAGAGAUUUUAGCAAAACAAAAUCUUCUUUCUUUCACAGAUGUUUCCUCUUCUCAAUUUCUGAAUUUUGGUGUUCAUGACCCAGCACAAAUUUUCUGGGGCAAAACAUCUGUAUCACACAUGCCAAUCCAAACUUCAGCAGCCACCCUAGCAGCAUUCUUUUUCCCUGAUAGGGGAUUGAAGACACCUUUUAUCGUCUCUUCCUUAAUGAGAGAUUUUAUUUUUCCUACACAAUCUUUAUUAUUUGAGAACUAUCAGACUGUUGCCUUCUCUGCUGCCACAAUGAAUUCAGUAAUUAGUGGCAUUCCAGGGGCUGAUAUUGAGUUAAACAGACACUCAUUACUCUCCCGCGGAUUCCUGCUCACAACUGCUUCCAUAAGUGCACCUCCAAUUGUCUCUAGGGGGUCUCAAGAGGAUAUUGAAGAAUAUUCAGCCCUUUCCUUAAUUUCAAGAAGAGAGCGCUGGAGAUUGCAGAGCUCCUCGAUGUCUCCCAUUUUUCCUGCUAAGAUAAUUUUAUCCAAACAGGUAGCCAUCUUAAACUCAUCAACUCUGCACCGACUCAGCACACAAGCUUCCAUCCCCAGUGAAUAUCAGGUUAUUACGGAAGCAUCUAGCAACCGGAGACUCACAAACAUCAAAUCACAGGCUGCUGAUUCUUUAAGAGAAUUGAGCCAAACAUGUGCAACAUGUUCUAUGACUGAAAUAAAAUCCUCUCAUGAAUUCUCAGAUCAAGUUUUGCAUAGCAAACAGUCCCACUUUUAUGAGGCAUUCUGGAUGAACUCAGCGAUAUUAGCCAGCUGGUAUGCACUAAUGGGAGCUCAAACUAUCACUUCUGGGCAUUCAUUUUCUUCUGCUCCUGAAAUAACACCAUCAGUGGCAUUCACAAAAGUGCCAUCUUUAUUUCCUUCUAAAAAGAGCGCAAAAGGAAUAAUUUUAUCUUCAUCCUUGGAAGAAUCCAUUACUCUAUCAAGUAAUUUGGAUGUUAAUUUAUGUUUGGAUAAGACUUGUUUAUCCAUUGUCCCUUCGCAAACUGUCUCUUCAGACUUGAUGAAUUCUGAUGUGACUUCAAAACUGACUACUGAUGAUCUGUCAGUAUCAGGAAACAUUUUAAAACUAUUGAAAAUAGGACAAUAUAGUGUGACUAUGGGCCCCACGGAGGCAUUAAAUCAAGACAGUCUAUCAGAUGUGGAAGAAAGUAAAGGAUCUCAUCAACAGAUCAAAUUUCAUACAAGUGAUAGUUCUCUAGAUUUUGAAUUAAAUGUACAAAGUCAUCUGGAUGUUACUUUAAAGAUAUAUUCAGAAAUCAUACAUACAAACGACUUAAAAACCAACUUACCACCAUAUACAGACUCAAUGCCUGAUUUUUCAGAAGUAACCUCAAAUGUUGCAUUUUUUGCAGUUUCAGCAACUCAGUCACUUCCAAUACAGACUUCUACCCCCAUGUCUGUAAUUAGACCUGAUUGGCCAUAUUAUAUGGAUUAUCUGACCUUAACACCUGAUUUAAAGAAAGAGGUCAGAGUUUCCACAGAAUGGUCCAAGUGGGAACUUGAGCCUAGUAUGCUGGAUCUGGAAUCUUCUACUGCAAGCCAGAAUCUUCCCAUCACUGGAUCUCUUACUUUGCCUUCACUGGAGUCCAUUCCAGCACCUCGACAGCUGAUGAUUUCUGAUUUCAAUUGUGUUUGUUAUUAUGGAGAUUCCUAUCUAGAAUUUCAGAACGUGUUUAUAAAUCCACAAAAUAACAUCGCCCUAGAAUUCCAGACUUUCAGUUCCUCUGGUCUCCUGCUCUAUGUCAAGCAAGACUCAAAUUUAGUAGAUGGAUUUUUUAUUCAACUAUUUAUUGAAAAUGGUACUUUAAAGUACCACUUUUCCUGUGCUGGCAAAGCAAAAUUGAGAUGCAUUAACACAACUAUCAGAGUGGAUGAUGGGCAAAAAUAUACACUGCUUAUCAGGCAAGAAUUGGAUCCAUGUAAAGCUGAACUGACUAUUCUAGGGCAGACUAUAAAAACAAGUGAAACUAUCGAUCACAUACCUGGAAAACCCCUGCCAAAAUCAGGGUCUGUCUUUAUUGGUGGAUUUCCAGAUCUUCAUGGGAAAAACCAGAUUUCUGAACCAGUUACGAAUUUUACUGGCUGCAUAGAAGUUACAGAAUUCAAUAACUGGGGAUCUUUCAUUCCAUCCAAGGCAGUGAAAAAAAACCACAUUGGCAAUUGCAGAUCCCAGGAUGUUACUCUGUCUCCAACAGCUUCCUUCGUUGCUCCCUCUGGAGUGACAGAAGAGAUUGACUCCACCUGGACUUUCCUCAGCCCCUCUCCUGCAGCGCCCUCUGUGUGCCAGGAGGAAGUAUGCCACAACGGAGGCACCUGCCGGCGCAUCUUCCUCUCCAGUGGUGUAACCUCCUUCCAGUGUGACUGCCCACUACAUUUUACUGGCCGUUUCUGUGAAAAAGAUGCGGGUUUAUUUUUUCCAUCUUUCAAUGGGAAUUCCUAUUUAGAACUUCCUUUUUUUCCAACUCUGGAUGAGUUGAAGUCUGUCCUGCAGAAGGAACACACCAGAACUGUGACCAUCUACUUGACUAUAAAAACAAACGCUUUAAAUGGAACAAUUCUCUACAGUGGUGAGAAUCAUUUUGGAAGACAGUUUCUUCAUUUAUUUCUUGAGGAAGGAAAGCCCACAGUUAAAUAUGGAUGUGGAAGUUCUCAAACUAUCUUGACUCUUUCUGCUAAUCACAGCAUUAACACAAAUGCAUUCAUCCCUAUCACAGUACGCUAUACAAUGCCGGCUGGCAGCCCUGAGGUUGCUUGUAUGAUUGAGCUGACUGCAGAUGGAAAACCUCCAGUGCAGAAGAAAGACACAGAGACUUCCCAGGCCUCUCAGGUGUAUUUUGAAUCAAUCUUCCUUGGCCAUAUCCCUGAAAAUGUUAAUAUCCAUAAAAAUGUGGGCCAGAUUUAUGGAUUCAAAGGCUGUAUACGAGAACUUCAAGUAAACAACAAAGAAUUCUUCAUUAUUGAUGAAGCACGACGUGGAAAGAACAUUGAGAACUGCCACGUCCCUUGGUGUGCUCGUAAUCUAUGCCAAAACAAUGGCACCUGCAUCAGUGACAGUGAAAACUGGUUCUGUGAGUGUCCGAGGCUAUACUCAGGCAAGCUGUGCCAGUUUGCAAGUUGUAAAAACAACCCAUGUGGAAACGGUGCCACCUGCGUUCCAAAAUCCGGAACAGAUAUUGUCUGUCUCUGCCCAUAUGGGAGGUCCGGACCCCUCUGCACUGAUGCUAUUAAUAUUACUCAGCCCAGGUUCAGUGGUACAGAUGCCUUUGGAUACACUUCAUUCUUGGCUUAUUCACGGAUCCCAGACAUCAGCUUUGAUUAUGAAUUCCACUUGAAGUUUCAGCUGGCAAACAACCAUUCGGCACUGCAGAAUAACUUGAUAUUUUUUACUGGACAGAAAGGCCAUGGGCUGAAUGGUGACGACUUCCUGGCAGUGGGCCUGCUCAAUGGCAGUGUGGUUUAUAGUUAUAACCUGGGCUCUGGUACAGCAAGUGUCAGGAGUGAGCCCCUCGAUCUGAGCCUUGGAAUCCACACCGUCCGUCUGGGGAGGUUCUUCCAAAUGGGCUGGCUGAAGGUAGAUGAUCAUAAAAAUAAAUCCAUCAUCGCCCCAGGAAGACUGGUUGGUCUCAAUGUCUUCAGUCAAUUUUAUGUAGGUGGUUACAGUGAAUACACUCCAGACCUCUUACCAAGUGGAGCUGAUUUUAAAAAUGGUUUUCAAGGUUGUAUUUUUACUAUCCAAGUUCGUACUGAGAAGGACGGUCAUUUCAGAUGCCUGGGAAAUCCUGAGGGCCAUCCAAAUGCUGGGCGCAGCAUUGGCCAAUGUGAUGCUUCUCCUUGUAGUUUAAUGAAAUGUGGCAAUGGUGGGACAUGCGUAGAGAGUGGAUCUACUGUUUAUUGCAAUUGUGCCACUGGGUGGAAAGGAGCAUUCUGUACGGAGACAGUUUCCACCUGCGAUCCUGAACAUGACCCUCCACACCACUGCAGCAAAGGAGCAACCUGUAUUUCCUUACCUCAUGGAUACACCUGCUACUGUCCUUUAGGAACCACUGGAGUCUACUGUGAACAAGCGUUAUCUAUAAGUGAUCCAUCUUUCAGAAGCAACGAAUUAUCCUGGAUGUCUUUUGCUUCCUUUCAUAUUCAAAAAAAGACGCAUAUUCAAUUGCAAUUUCAGCCUCUUGCUGCAGAUGGUAUCCUAUUUUACACUGCACAACAUUUAAAAGCACAAUCAGGUGACUUUUUAUGUAUCUCUUUAAUAAAUGGUUUUGUUCAACUUCGCUACAAUCUUGGUGACAAAACUAUCAUUCUAGAAACUCUCCAAAAAGUAAUUAUCAAUGGAAGUACUUGGCAUGUGAUAAAAGCAGGAAGAGUUGGUGCAGAAGGCUACCUGGAUCUGGAUGGGAUAAAUGUAACAGAAAAAGCAUGCACUAAAAUGAGUUCCCUGGACACAAAUACAGACUUCUACAUUGGAGGAGUAUCAUCCUUAAAUCUUGUAAAUCCCAUGGCAAUAGCAAAUGAACCCAUAGGUUUUCAAGGUUGUGUCCGAGAAGUUAUUAUAAAUAAUCAAGAAUUACAAUUAACUGAACUAGGAGCAAAAGGUGGUUCAAAUGUAGGUGACUGUGAUGGGACAGCCUGUGGAUACAACACGUGCAGAAAUGGGGGUGAAUGUAUAGCAAAUGGCACAACUUUUUAUUGCAGAUGUUUGCCACAAUGGGCUGGAAAUACAUGUAACCAGUCUGUGUACUGUUUGAAUAAUCUUUGUCUCCAUCAAUCUCUAUGUGUACCUGACCAAUCAUUUUCUUAUAGUUGUCUGUGUACUUUGGGUUGGGUGGGAAGGUAUUGUGAAAACAAAACUUCAUUUUCAACUGCAAAAUUUAUAGGUAAUUCUUACAUUAAAUACAUUGAUCCAAACUACAGAAUGAGAAACCUUCAGUUCACUACUGCAUCCUUAAAUUUCAGUACUACUGAAACAGAAGGCCUAAUUAUAUGGAUGGGGAAAGCUCAAAAUGAAGAAAACGAUUUUCUAGCAAUUGGUCUCUAUAAUCAGACCUUGAAAAUAGCAGUUAACUUAGGAGAAGGAAUCUCUGUGCCUAUGAGCUAUAGCAAUGGCACACUGUGUUGUAACAAAUGGCACCAUGUACUUAUAAUUCAAAAUCAGACUCUAAUCAAGGCCUACCUAGAUGACAGUCUAAUUCUUUCUGAGGAUAUUGAUCCACACAAAAAGUUUGUUGCUCUAAAUUAUAAUGGUAUUUGUUAUCUGGGGGGGUUUGAAUAUGGUCGAAAGGUAAAUAUUGUUACUCAAGAGAUUUUUAAAAGAAAUUUUGUUGGCAAGAUUAAAGAUGUUGUAUUUUUUCAAGAUAAAAAGAAAAUUGAAUUAGUUAAAUCAGAGGGAUACAAUGUUUAUGAUGGAGAUGAACAAAAUUAGAUUACAUAA